AUGCCAGUGAAUAGCCAAUCGAGCGACUGUAUUAGUGUUCUAAAGGCGAAUAUAUCAUUAUUGCUAUCAUCAACGAAUGCUAAAUUGCUGUUGGCUAUAGCAAUCUUUGUUAACAAAGCUGAGGAUGAUAGAUGUACAUAUUCUUUCCAAAGCCCAGACUAUCAAUUCUAUAGCACUACAACCAAGGCGAUUAGGUUCCUGAAGGAAGGUAGAUCAAUGAUUAAUACUGAUAGCGUGAAUUGUAGGGCUGACACCUGUAAUCCUUCUCUUUCAACCAUUACCGUCAAAUACUCAAAGCCAGUCAUAUCGCAAAAGAUGAUAGCCUUUUAUUUUAUUGAACUACCACAUUCACUUAAUCACUCUUUCUGUGAAUUUGUUUUGAUUCGGACAAAACUACUUAGGGACAAAGUGACAGUAGAAGAAGAAACUGAAUACAAAUCAGCGGCAUUGUGCAUUAUAUUUCAGUAUUGUGUUUAUAUUUUUCUUUUUAACAAAGUGAAACAAGCAGAUGGAGACAGCUUGAAGACGUGCGAGGGUGACAUUGUACAAAUCUACAAAGUUCCUGCGUCUCCGUUUCUUUCAAAAAAACGUAAAGCAGAAGUUGGCUUAUUACUUGGCCAGGAAAAAGAAAAAGGAGAAUGCUAUGGACCAAAUUCUUGGUCAACCGUGUGCACUACAUUUACGAAAAGAGGCGUAAUUAAGCAUAUUCUUCGAGAGGGGAUACCAAAUAUCAGUGAUUGGAUAAGAGUAACAAUAUUUCUCUCUUCACUAAGGCGAGUGAGGCGCCUUAUAAAGGAGGGUACUUUUAGUCUGUAUCAAAAUUCAUUGGAAUUUGGGCAAAACGUACCAAAUUUAGCCAAGCUUCAAAAAUUACAAAAGGAAAAAUUUUAA